AUGGAUUUUAAAAGCAUUUGUAGAAUAUGUCUCAAACAUAAUAAACAGAAUUUUGAUAUUUAUACAAGUUACUAUGCUAAACGAAAUACGUUGUACUGUGAAAUGAUCUCAUAUUGCACUAAAAUUAAACCCAAAGAAGACGAUCAUUUACCUCGAAUAAUAUGUAAAGAAUGUAGUCGCCAACUAAAAAGAUGUUAUUCUUUUAACGUUCAAUGCGAGGAAAGCGAUAAAACACUAAAAUGCUAUUUAGACAAUAUAUUAAUAACACCAGCACUUGAAACUGAUUCAAAAGAUGUCAAUGAUGAAAUUAAAAGUGAAAAUAUUGAAGUGAAAAAUGAGAAUUUUAAUCUAAUGCUGAGAGAAGAUAGUAGUUUAGAGAGAGAUGUUAAACUAGAGCCAUUUCCAACCAAUGACCACGAUGACAGUGUUUGGGAUGCCGAGGACGAUAAUGUGUUACUCGGAGAGAUUAAAUUAAAGAAAACAUUAAAAGAGUCAAUUUCCAAUGAAACUAACUACUGGGAACAAAAAAAUAUUAACAAUAUUUUAAGUAAAGAGGAGAGGGUUUUAAAAGUAAUUAUCAAUGGUGAUGAUUUACCAAAAAAGAAAAGGGGAAGGAAGAAAAAAGAAUAUGAAGGUGACAGUAAAAUACAUCAGUGCGACGUCUGUGGCAAGAUAUUGAGUACUAAAAGUAAUUUGAAGGCUCACAAAAUAUGUCACACUGAUCUACGGCCUUACAAAUGUGAAUUCUGCCCGUCAGCAUUCAGAGGUCACAGCGCAUUGUUUCAACACAAGAAAGUCCACACUGGUGAGACUCCCUAUCACUGCGAGUACUGCUCAAAACAGUUUAGCAGACGGACAGGGCUGGUUAAUCAUAUAAGGGUACAUACAGGUGAAAAGCUUUUCAACUGCACCAUAUGUUUCAAGAACUUCGUUCAGAGCGCCCAGUUGUCUAUACACAUGAAAAGACACAAAGGUGACAAGACUUACUUGUGUCAGGAGUGCGGAAAAGGUUUUCCAAUAAAAGCUGACCUCAAAGUGCAUCAACGGACUCACAAUGGAGAGAAGCCUUAUUCCUGUCACCUUUGUGAUAAAACUUUUGCUACAUCCGGCAACCUCUCAAUACAUAUCAGGAUUCACAAUAAAGAAGUUAGGUACAAUUGCAAAGAAUGUCAUCGCGGUUUCGUGACAUGCAGCGCGUACAAUGUCCAUCUAAAAAGACACAAAGGACAAAGGGACUAUCAUUGCGAGUGCGGAAAAACGUUUUACACAUCGUCAGCACUCAAACAACACAAGGUCGUUCAUACGGGAAUCAAGAAAUAUCAAUGCAAGAUAUGCGAAAGGAAAUUCUCUCAAACCAGCCAUUUGAGCCGCCAUUUCAGAAGGGAUCAUUCUAAACCGAACUUGCCAAUGCCGCCAUCAGAGCAUUAUAAAAUAGUUUUACCUGAAAACAAAUGCGGUAAUUUAUUCAACAUACAAAAAAUGGCGCCAGAUAUUGACAGUGAAAAAUUGAAAGCGUCCGAGUGA